GUGUGAAGACCUUAUCGAUGAUAGUAGCUCAUUCAUUAUCUAUGUACACUCGUAUCUACAUACAGCCGCUAUAUUAUUGUUAAUAUAGAUAUCUUACCCAUUAGCACAACAUUACGAGUAUAUGUAUAUGUACAAUCUAUUAUAUUCUGUGAAAUCAGAUUUAGUACAAUUUAUUGAGCCCUGCGUCGAACCAGCAAUUAGUUCACCGUCUGCGCCCGUCGAAGUCGCGUCGUCACUUCACUCCGAAGUUCUUUAGAGCACAUUAGCGUAACGAAUGUUGCCCGGCACCGUCUUGGGAUCGCCGCGUGAUCACUCCGCCACCAAUAUGGAUAAUAACAAUACAAUUAAAGCCAACAAAUCUUCAUUCUCCAUUGACAACAUACUGGACCACAAAUCGCAAGUUCAAUCCGAUCCCAAGAGACAAACACAGUCACAGUCACAGUCGAGUCCUGUCAUGAGCAGCUCUUCUCCAUCCCUGGGUACAGCCUCUACGGCCUUUACCGCCUCCACAUCCGCGUCGCCGUCCAUCUAUGAUUUAUCCCGCGAGGCGAUGGCCGCACAAUAUGCUCUCAAGAAUCUGGAGCCCAGCUCGGGGACUUUGCUGUCACCGACCACGCUGCGCUUCAAUCCAGUCUAUUCAGAUCCCGCCUCGUUAUUCUAUCAGCAAAUGCUGAAUCUGCAGAAGAAUUCUUCGCUCUUCAUGCCACACUUCCAAGCUGCUGCUGUGGCAGCUGCGGCGGCUGCGCAGCCAGCUGCAUAUUGUGAUCAGUACAGUCCGUUCCUCGAUUGUGAAGGCUUCAGCAACCCAGCAACAGCUGCUGCGGCACUUUACUGCAAUGCAGCUUAUCCGGCGGCCAGUUUCUACAUGUCAAACUUUGGGGUGAAGCGCAAAGGAGGCCAAAUUCGGUUCACAUCGCAACAGACGAAAAAUCUCGAGAAUCGUUUCUCCAGCUCAAAGUAUCUGUCGCCGGAAGAGCGUCGUCAUCUGGCGCUGCAGCUAAAGUUAACCGAUCGUCAGGUGAAGACAUGGUUUCAAAAUCGACGCGCCAAAUGGCGGAGAGCCAAUCAAACCAAACGCAAUGGGGCAGGCAAUGCCUCAGCCACGCCCAGCUCCAAUGGGGCAGGCAGCAUACAGACUGGCCGCAACAUGCAGCAGCAGCAACAACAACAACAGCAGCAACAGGCGGCGCAUAGCGAUGAUGAGGAUCGCAUGUAUUUGUCGGAGGAUGACGAGGAUGAUGAUGAGGAUGACGAGGCUGAGCGGUCGGAGCAGCCAGUCAUAAGUUAG